GAUGUCAUUGUAAAAAACGAAGGAAACUCUGCAUUUAGAGGGAGCACAUACUGAGAUUGAGGGAAGGACUAGAUUUGAGAUCACGUUUGCACAAACCCUCAGGACAGUCUGGAUGCGUGUGGAGUAACACAUUGUCCGGGGUGAAACCCCUGUAUUCACUGAAAAGAGAUCAAUCUGCUUGCAAGAUAAUUGUGACCAUGGAGGAUUACGAUUACCUCUUCAAAAUAGUGCUGAUAGGAAAUGCAGGAGUGGGCAAAACCUGCCUUGUCCGGCGCUUCACUCAGGGUCUGUUCCCUCCUGGUCAAGGUGCCACGAUUGGGGUUGAUUUCAUGAUUAAAACUGUGGAAAUAAAAGGGGUGAAAGUAAAGCUUCAGAUCUGGGACACAGCGGGGCAGGAGAGAUUUCGCUCCAUCACACAGAGUUACUACCGUAGUGCCAAUGCACUCAUCCUCACCUAUGACAUCACCUGUGAGGACUCGUUCCGCUGCCUCCCAGAGUGGCUGCGGGAGAUCGAGCAGUAUGCCAACAAUCAAGUGGUGACCAUCUUAGUAGGAAAUAAGAUUGACCUGGCUGAAAAGCGAGAGGUCCACAGACACAGAGCGGAGGAAUUUGCUGAGGCCCAGAGCAUGCUCUACUUGGAGACGUCUGCCAAAGAAUCUGACAACGUGGAAAAACUCUUCCUGGAUUUGGCCUGCGUACUGAUCCGUGAAGCCAAGCAAAACACGUUGGACAACAACGAGUCUGCGCCUAUGCCUGGAGAAGGCAAGAACAUCAAUUACCUAAGCUGCUGCAACAUUAACUAGGGAUCUUGUCUGCUAAUCUGGCAGUGGGAACUUUCCUGCCCAAUGGGGUGCCAAAAAUGUGGUUAUUUUUGACGUCUCAUGAGUAGAUUCCUCGUUGUCACCACUAUUGAGGUCUUGGAUGCUUUUCGACCCAUAUGUUAAACUGGGUUUUUUAAAAGCUACUGACUGUACCACUAGAAAAUCAAGAGGAGACGUAUGCUGACACCACUGAGGAGAACCUAAGCUACAUGGUACCAGCUAGCUGGUAUAUUUACAGACCAGACAAUGAGUUUUCUAUAAUUCAAUACAACACUUAAAGAUGCGUAGGCCAAUUUGCCUACUAUAUAAAUGAUAUGAUCAAAAACACACAUCUUCACCAGCAGCAGUCUUGCUGUUUAAAUGGAAAAAACGUGCAUCACACAAAAUAAGAUAUGAAAAAUGCAUAGUGAAAAAUUAUGUCCCAGAUUCAAGUUUAAAAUGCACUUCCACAAAUUUACUGGUAAGAAUUUAAAUGUAGGAAGAUUAUUCUGUGGCUGAACAUUUUAGAAAGUCUUAGAGAGUCUUAAACAAUAGGGAGAGAAGUUUAUUAUAGAUUGUGAUGUUUUUCCAUAAGGGAAUUACCUAAUUAUUCGCUUAGAAGCAUAAUCUGUUUUGUUCAUUUUUCAUCUUGUUUUAAUUUUGAGUGAAUUUGAGUGAAAAAAGACAGUUGCACAGUUAAAAUUGCAUCUCCAAUACAUUUUAGCAGACAUCAAGUAAAUGUUACAGUCACGUGUAAGCAAGACGUUGUUUAACUCAGCAUAUUUCUGCUUCAGGUUGAUUGAUACGAUGCAUAUUACAAAUAUAUUUUACAAUGCACAACUGUAAACACUGAAUGAGGACAUAUAAAACACCUCCACUCACCCACCCAUAAUUUACAGUCCGUAUAUAAUUAGGCAGUAAUAGAAUUUACUUUUAAAAAUGUUUAGCUCUAUACUACAGUACUUUGGAUAUGAAAUGAAACACUACUGUUAAUAACAUGUUCCUAUUCCUUCCCAUUAGCUGUGCACUAUUGUAUUGUUAGUUUAUAGACAAGAAUAUUCUUUCUGUUUUUUAAGAAGAUUCUAGAUGUGGUCGAAACAGUUGUUUCUCUGGGAACAACAAAAAUGAAAAAAGUCACCAUAAUUCUGAAAAUCAGUGACUACAAAACAUAAGUUGUAUUUAAACUGUUUUGUACUGUAUCUGGUUAGAAAGCAAGUUGGGUGGGAUGGAUUUAAAAUGGUAGGCAUCAUGUAUGAAACAUGGUGGUGGUAGUGUAACGGCUGGUUGGUAGAACUGUCCUGUAUUGAAGAUGUGAUUGGCAAUGCCAACAUUUGCCUACUCCGAUCCAAACAAAUUACAGAACGCUGUUAGACAGUCCCACCACCUGCAGCAGGACAAUGACUCCAAAUCUACUGUUAAUGCAAAUAUUAACCUUUUCAGGGCCAGAAAGUGAAAUGUCAGUUAACAACUCAGCUUUAAAUUAUAUUCCCCUUACAGAAAAUCCCAUUCAGAAAGUAGGAUGUGAAAUGGCUGUAGUACAGGCCUAGCAGAGCAUCACUAGGAAACAAGAAGACGCUAUUUAUAUUUAAUACUGAUGCUUUGUCUGCUUUUCUUCUUCCUUGCAGACUUCAGUCAGUCAUUGAAGUGACAGUGACAGUUCAAGUGACAGUUCUAUUUAUCAUGGUGAUUUGCCCAACUUAUUGUUGUACUUUUUUUGAAGGGACUAAGUAUUGUAAGGUCCGUAAUGACAGAGUGAUUUGUUUAGCCUCUAUUACAGUGACUUGCCCAUAAUUACACAUUGUUCAAUACACUAUCUUUAAUGUUGUGUAAUGUCCAAAAAACAAGAAACUGACUAGAAACAACUGAUCUCUCUUUAUUGGCACAUCUCUAAUUUUACACAGCAAAAAUAUGAAAAAAUACAUUAGACUGUUACAAAAAUUUUGAGACUCUUCUAUAAACAUUCUGGUCAAUAUAAUGAUUAUAAAUUUGUCUUUAUUGUUCGGUUACAUUAAAUGCAGAGACACACCAAGAAGUCCUGCUCAAAUAGUUAUUAGAAGAACUUAAUGCAUUAGUGCAUUAAUGCAUUAAUAUGAAUGUUUGAUUUGCCCUGUAGCUGUUGUACUUUUCAGAGUUGUAAUGUUAAUAUUAAUCAUCAACCUUUUAACCAAUCAUCCUAGAGAACUGAGCAGACCUGUGGUCUAAACUGCAAUAUUGUGCACCUGAUUUCAAGGUCAUAAUAACUGUUUCAUUACAAAUCCAAUUUGCUGGACUGCAAUGACACUAAUACAGAUCAUUUUGGCCGGUGUCUGUAACAGAAGAAAAACUGUAUCAUACUAUAAUGUUAUGCACAAGUUUCUCGCUACAAUACUUUUAUUAAUAACACAACAGCAUUUUUGUCUUGUGGAACCUCCUUGGUAUGUCCUCCUAUUCAUUUCCGACAUGUAGACAUACUGCGGUUAUAAACAUGUAUACGUUACUAUAUACUCUAAUGGAAAACUUUGAUUAUUCAGUGAAGCUUUGGUGCUGUAACUUACUCAGUAAUGUUUUAAAGCAUUUGACAUGGGAGUGUGCGUAACAUUUAGUUAUUUUCAGCACAUGUAUUAAAACUGUCUGCACAAUCAGUCUUGAUCUUUAAAUACAUUAUACAGCAGGAUUAAGCAGAUUUUUAUGUCCACAAUAAUAUGUAAUGUUAUCAAUUUUGACUUGUAUCCCAGUGUUUUCUUUGCUUUUUUUAAGUGUUUGUUCAUCUUGACUUGAGUUUAAAAUCGUUAAAAAGUGUACCUCCAUGUUGUCUUCACUGUUUUUAAUUUCAUCUGUAUUACAACUGUGAAUCUUAUCUUUUACAAGUGUUUUACCUGGCUGCUAAAAACGUGUUAAGUUCACUGCCUUCAAUUUGAUCCAUUUAUUUUAGCGAAAUACUUAGUUUUUUUCCUUUCUUUUUUUAAAUUAUUUUUUUAUUACAAAAGCCUUUUUUGAGUUAAUGUGUUUAAUUUUGUUUAUUAAAUCACAUCUGUUCACACUAUCUCCCAAAUACACAAAUGACAUGCGAUCUGCUUAAAUGAUCUUUUGUAUGUGAUCUAAUAGUCAUGUUUCUUUCCUCGUCAGCAUCUUAGCUUUUGGUUUUGCAUUUAAAUUAGUUUAGCAUAUCUUCCUAUAUACCCUUUUAGCUGUUUCAGUUUUUUUGUGCUAUAUUUUCUAUUAAGACACUUUUAAAAUGCUAACCUUUUCUAAUUUUGUAUAUACACUAUUUUUUAAGUUUUAAGUCAUGUCAUGUACAUUAUGCUUUUUGUCCAGCUUUAUUUUACAGAAAAGUGCCAUGUUGUAAUGUUUCACAUUGUAUAUGAGUGGGACUUUGUUUAUGCACUAAGCUUCAUUAUUAGUAUUAUUAGUAUUUUACAGUUUUAUUAUUCUAAUUAUCAUCUUUUUAUGGAAUAUUUCAUCGCUAAAAAUAUACCGUUGUCAGAAUAUAUAUAUAUUCUUUACAUAGUGAGAACCUGAUAGUAUUAUUUUAGAGGAUUUCGUUUUUCAUGUUUAGUGACAAAUAAGUCAGGAUGAUAGAAAACCUGUUAUUGUUUAUUAAUUAUAGAAAAAUGACCCGAAUCUACAUCUGUUGAGUUUAAUUUAUGUUUAAGAUAUUUAGCUUUGUACAAUUUUGGUAACAUGUUUUUGUUACUUCUCACAAUGCAGGUAAAUAUAAAA